AUGGUGGCAAUAUGUUCGUCUCUGGGUUUCAGGGAGAAGAGAGGGGAAGAGGAUGGCUACAACAAGUACAACCAACGCGGAGGGAAGCUCAGGCUCGCCGACAGCAUCGCUCCCGUUCCCACCGCCCGGGAGAUACGAAGUGGCUGCCUCCGCCACCCCCCUCCUGGCAGAGCAGCAGAGAAUUUUGUGUUUUGGAAAGUGUUCGAAAGGCAGCAUAUCUCCAGCAAAGAGCUGACCGAGCUCAUCGAACGCCUGCAGAAAAAUGCCGACCAGGUGGAGAAGAACAUCGUGGAGACUGACUCCCGAAUGCAAAAUGACUUGCACAAGAUCAAGGCAUGCCAGCUAGCGCAGUACAAGGACCUGACGGCUCAGAAACUCACCGAGUCCGACAAGCUGCUCUACGUGCUCGAUGGGGACGCGGCCAUCGCCCGGCACAUGAAGCAUCCCCAGGGUGACAUGAUCACAGAAGACAUCCGGCAGCUGAAGGAACGAGUGGCAAACUUGCGCGUGAAACACGGCCAGAUCUACAACUUCCCCCUGCAGCAUAUCGAGCCCCAGGUCAACUGGUCAACGGUGAUCGAGGAGAAACAGGACGCGUUAAGCAGCAAGGGCUUCGGGACCGACCUGCCGCUGGUCAACAGCCAAGUAGAAGAGCACAACAUCUUCCACAACGAGGUCAUGGCCAUCGGCCCACACAUGGCCAAGGAAGGCAACAAGGAAUACACGAGCGACUUCCAAGCCAAAUACCAGAAGCUGCUGGCCGGUUCCCAGCAGCGGCAGCAGGAUCUGAACUCCCUGCAGGACUACAUGCAGCGCUGCACCAACAAGCUCUACUGGCUGGAUCAGCAGGCCAAGGACAGGACCCAUUACGACUGGAGCGACCAAAACCUGGACUACCCCAGCCGGCGCCGCCAGUACGAGAACUUCAUCCACCGGAAGCUGGAGGAGAAGGAGGAGGCCAUCAACAAGCUGCAUACAGAUGGAGAUCAGCUGCUCGCCCAGAACCACCCAGGGAAGAACGCCAUCGAGGCUCACAUCGAGGCGGUGCACGCCGACUGGAAGGAGUACCUCAACCUGCUGAUCUGCGAGGAGAGCCACCUGAAGUUCAUGGAGGACUACCACAAGUUUCAGAAAGACGCUAAGGACGCGCAGGAGCUCUUGAAGAAGGUGGAUACAGACCUGGACCAAAAAUUCAGCCCAGAGUUCAAGGACAGAUACCAGCUCGAGUCUCUCCUCCGGGAGCUGGAUGACCAGGAGAAGGCCUUGGACAAGUAUGAGGCGGUGGUGAAGUCCCUGCAGGAGCGCAGCCAGCACGUCCUGCCCCUGCGGUACCGCCGCGAGACGCCACCCCAGCCUGUCCCCGUGGAGGCUCUCUGCGAGUAUGAAGGCGAGCAGGGCCAGAUAAGCCGAGGAGCCCACUACACCCUGCAGAAGAACACCGGAGAUGUUUGGGAAGUGGCAGACAGCUCAGGAGACAAGAUCAGCGCCCCGGGGGUCUGCUUCAUGAUCCCCCCGCCUGACCCAGAUGCGAUAGCGCUGGCGGACCAAAUUGCCGAUCACUACUCAACCGUGAAGGAGAAGACGGCCAACUGCAAGAACAUCCUCCAGCAGCGCUACGAGGGGCUGAAGGCAGACAGCAUCGGAGAUGCUGCAUCGGUUCGGGGGCGCCAGCUUCUGGCAGGGCUGGAGAAAGUCAACAGCGACCUGGACAAGCAGGAGAAAGCAAUAACGGCAAACCUCCGUCCACCGCUGGAGCAGAGCCGGGCUGUGCAGGACAGCACCGAACGCUCCAAGGACCUGAAGAACAUCACCAACGAGGUCCGUCGCAUUGAACCUGAGAAAACGAGGAAGAUCCAGGAGUGCGAGGUCUUCAUCGAAUCCGUGCCGAACACUGGCAGCGCCACCUUGGUUAAGAACAAGGUGGAGAAUACCAACAAGAAGUAUGACCGCGUGGUCCAGCUGCUCAGCGCUGCCCAAGAGAAAGUUGAGGUGGCCACGCACCUCGAGAGGAGCCUCCAGCAAGGCCGAGACCUGCUCUCUACCUAUGAGAACAAACUGGUUAUAGAUGACACGGUACCAGAGGAUUUGCGGGUGGUGGACCGUAAGAAAGAAGAGCUGCUGGCCAUGGGCACUGAGCUCCAGUCCAAAAGGUUCCUGCUCAAUGAAGCAGAGCAGAACUUGCUAAGGACGAAGACGUGCUCCAACGCCCUGGCCAGCAAGUUCCAGGAGCACUGCCCCGACAUCGAACGGCAAGAAGCCGAGCUCUACAAACUCAACCAGCGCUUCAACAACCUCAGCAAGCAAAUCGACCACAGAACGCAGACCCUGCAGAAAGCCAAAAGCGCCUAUUCCAACUACCGCACCAACUAUGACAAAAUCAACCAGUUCCUGUGCAACAUACCUAACUACGAGCCGCAGGAGACCGACAACAUCCAGCAAGUGGAAACGAAGCUGAAGAACCAAGCGGCGCUCCUCAGUGACAUCGCAAGCAAGGAACAGGAGGUGCAGAAGGUCUCCGCCACAGCUCAGCAAUACCAGCAGGCAGUGAAGGACUACGAGUUGGAAGCAGAGAAGCUACGGUCCAUCCUCGACCUAGAGAACGGCCGGAAUGGGUACAUGAGCAAGAAGCCCAGGCUCCAGUCUCCAGCCGCAAAAGUGAAAGAGGAGGAAGCUGUCCUGGCGGCCAAGUUCACCGAAGUGAACGCUGUGAACAAACAGAGGCUGCAGAACCUGGAGUUCGCUCAGAGCCUCCUGCGGCAGCAACCAGAGGUUCAAGUGACACAAGACUCCGUCCAGAGCAAAAAAUCCGUAAGGCCCGUGGAAGAAGUCUGGAAGUUGAAGAAAGAGCUUGAGGAUGAGACUCAGCGUCGGCAACAGCUAGAAGCGGAGAUCAAAGCCAUUCAGAACAACAUUGUCCACCUACAAAACCAGAAGCCCCAAGAAACCAUUAUUAAGAAAGAACUGCUGAAGAAAGUGCCCGACCCUCAGCUGGAGGAGAGCUUCCACAAACUGCAGCAAAACCUGGCAGAGGAGCAGCGCAAGAACCAGGUGCUCCAGGAUGAGCUGGAGGCUCUUAAAAUCAGGUUGCGCGUUUUGGAGCACGAGAAGAGGGAAGGAGGGCAGGAGUAUAUCGUGAAAGAAGUACUGCGCAUUGAACAAGAUAAGGCUCAAGCUGAUGAAAUCCUGAAGCUCAAAGAAGAAUUGGAAGAGCUCAGGAGGCAGGAAGGAACCAGAGAGAACGAAGUCGUCCUUUUACGCCAACAAAUUGCUGUGCUGUCCAGCGAGAAGAACAAAGAGCAGGAGAAGGUAACGGAGAAGGAGGACAAGCUCAAACGCCUUGAGAAGGAACGGGCCAUGGCUGAGGGCAAAAUUACCGUCAAGGAGGUGCUGAAGGUAGAGAAAGACUUAGCCAUCGAGAGGGAGGUGAACGAGCUCCGGCGCCAGUACGAAGACGAGAAGUCCAAGGGUCGUUCCAACGAGCGGGAAAAGGCUGAGCUGCUCAGGAAGAUCCAGCUGCUGGAGGAAGAGAACUCCAAGGUGGUCGUCCAGGAGAAAGUGCGUGAGAUUGUGCGCCCAGAUCCCAAGGCUGAAAACGAAGUUGCCAACCUUCGUUUGGAGCUGGUAGAGCAGGAGAGGAGAUACCGAGGUGGUGAUGAACAGCUGAAGAGCUGUCAGAAUGAGUUGGCCGCUCUGAGGAACAGAGGGCCACUGGUAGAAGUCAAAGAAGUCAUUAAGGAGGUCAUUAAGUACAAGAAUGAUCCAGAAACCGAAAAGGAACUACAGCGACUCCGGGAGGAAAUCAUAGAGAGGACGGGAGCAAUUGAAAGAGCCGAUCUUGAGAUCUACCAGCUGAAACAAGAGAUACAAGCUUUGAAAGAUACCAAACCUCAAGUGCAUACCAAGGAAGUCGUUCAAGAAAUUCUGCAGUUUCGGGAAGACCCCAAGACUAGAGAGGAGGUAGAGUCUCUGAGAGUGCAGCUAGCAGACGAACAGAUGAAACAUAUUGACCUGGAGAGGGAGCGGCUACUCCAAGAAGAGAAAGUAAGACAGAAGGAGGAAGAACUUUCCCAGGUGAAGGAGAAAGUGGUCCAACAGGAAGUAGUGAAGUAUGAGCAAGAUCCUGCCUUGAAAGCUGAAGUCAACUCCUUCUCUCAGAGCAUUGAGAGCGAGCUGAAGCAAAUUGAUUGCCUCCGUGAAGAACUCCGCAAGCUGCAGAGGCGGCGGUCUGAGCUAGAGCGUCAGCUAGAAGAACUUGAGAAGGAGAGACAAGCCCGCAGAGAGGCUGAACUGGAGGUGCAGAGGCUGAAGAUUAGGUUGAACGAGCUGGAAGAACAGGAGAGGGAGACAACUGAACGCGUGACUGUGAAACAGAAAGUGAUCCUUCAGCAAGAUCCCCAGCAAGAGAAGGAGCAUUCCCUCCUCAAGCUGGAGCUAGAAGAAGAGAAGCACCGGAGACAAGUCUUGCAAACUGAACUAGAAGCCCUGAGAAAGAAGCUCCUUUCUUUGGAGAAGAUGGAGGUCAAAGAGAAAGUGGUCUUUUCAGAGAGCGUCCAAGUGGACAAAGGAGACACAGAGUACGAGAUUCAAAAGCUGAAGAGCAAUCUGGAGGAAGAAAGCAGGCGUAAGAGGGAGCUAGAUGCAGAUAUCAACCGCCUCGAAACCAGGCUGUCCGAGGUGGAAUUCAACAACUCCAAGUCCUCGAAGGAGCUAGACUUAUUAAGGGAGGAAAACCACAAACUACACCUUGAGAAACAGAACCUGCUGAUGGAAACAAGGAGGCUGCAGUCAGAGAUUGAACUCACAGCGACAGAAGCUCGGGAUCUGAGAAACAUGACCCAUGUGGACAGUGGAAUGAACCUGGACUCCAGAUUCCAAGCUUUGGAAAGAGAGUUAAAUGAUCUGAAGCAGUUAUCCAGAGAAAAAGAUGCGGAGAUCGAGCAACUCCAGAAUCGCCUCAAGACAGUGGCUAUCAAGAGGGAGCAAAGAGAGAACCACCUGAGGCGCUCCAUUGUGGUCAUCGACCCCGAUACAGGAAAAGAAAUGUCUCCAGAAGAAGCUCAUGUGCUCGGCCUCAUUGAAUGGAGCUUGUUUGUCAAACUGAAGAGUCAGGAAUGUGACUGGGAGGAGAUCUCAAUAAAGGGUCCCAAUGGGGAAUCGUCUGUCAUCCUCGACAGAAAGUCCGGUAGAGAGUUCUCAAUUGAGGAUGCCUUGAAGAGCGGAAGGCUAACCAUGGCUCAGUACAACAGUUACCUCAACAAGGAGAUGUCGAUCCAGGAGUUGGCAGUCUUGGUGUCCGGAAGUAAUUACGCAGCGCUCCCUCCACUUUAG